UUUCUUAGAUCGUCCUCCUCCUAUGCUGCAGGUGGUAUCCGCUGCUUAUUCAUUCUCAAUGUUGUCUUUGCUGUAAUAUUCGGUCUUCUUUCCCUAUUUCUUGGCUCAAGUCUUCUCACUUUGGGAAGUAGCUGCUCCAUCCCACUCUUCUGGUGCUAUGAGAUUACUGCCUGGGGACUGGUGACAUUGUAUGGUGGCACUGCUUUCUUUCUUAAGAGAAAAGCUGCCACCGUCCUCGAUGAGGGCAACUAUGGCGGUCGGAACCUCGGUCUGGAAAUGCUGGAAUCGUCGAUCGAAGUUACCCCCGACGUCCAGAGGCGAGUCAACGAAGGUUUUAGGACAUGGAUGGGCUCUUCCCUGCUCUCAUCUGAUGAUGAAGAUGAUGAGACUGAUUACAGUAAUCUGGAGACUGCUCAGCCCAUUAUCAUCAAUUCUAGCAGCAAAGAGGCUGAUAGGCCUUUCUCUUAAACCUGUACAUCACCAACUCUGCUAACCUACCAUUCUUUAGUGCUCAUCUAGAUGCAAAGUGUGAUUCCAGUGAUUCUAACCAAGGAAAAAAAAAAAGGGAAAAAGAAAAAAAAAAAAGAGAUUAUGAGCUGGAUCUUCCACUACCACAUGCCAGUGUAAAAAUGAAACAAGUUACUGUUUUAAUUAAUGUCAAAAAUGAGUUUUUGAUUUUUCCUGAUUCUGUCA